AUGUUAAUUGAGGAAGUCGGAGCCAGUGGCUGUGGUGGAGCUAAUGACAGUAAUGUUGUACUAGAUACUUCCUUCCACCGGCAAGAAUUCAGAAUGAAAGUGUACAACACGAAAAUUGGUGGUGCGAACGAGAAGGCGAACGGCGACGCGAAUCGCGAAGCGUCCAGACGCGUCAGCGUUCCUGUGGGCGAUUGUUUCGUUGCCAGGUAA